UUAACAGCUCGAUCUGCUUAAAUUCUAUGACAAUGGCCAUGGGAGAAGGAAGAACAGCAGCGCCUUCAGUGCCUAAAAUAGCGCUGGCAGUGGUUUUAUUUGUAUGGGCAAACCAAAAAGUGUUAUGUCAGACGCCUACUGGUUGUAUGGGAAUGGCGGCGAAGUUAUCUUCUUGUGUUUCCUUUCUCCAAGGUGCUUCUAAUGGCAGUCAGAACACUCCACCUGAGUCUUGUUGCAGUGCAGUUGCGCAAGCUGCGGGUACUACGGGUGGGUGCCUCUGCCAGCUUUUGGGCACCAACUCUCCGCUGGGCUUUCCAAUCAAUCAAACUCAGCUUCUCAUCAUCCCUGGAGCGUGCAAUGUUAACGUGCCGCCUGUCGAUCGGUGCACAAAUGCAGGAACUCCUUUCACUUCUUCGCUUGACUCUCCCCCUCCUGGCUCUUAUCCUCCCUCUGUAGCUCCGACCGGAAGUGUGUCUGGUGGUCCAACUGAUAAUUCGAGUAGAAUGAAAGGAAGUGGAGGUGUUCUCCUCUCCAGGGUUUCGUGGAUGGGUGUUGUAGCACCACCAUUUCUGCUUCUGGUUAUUGCUUCCAUAUAAAUCUUAUAACUUGUUUAGAAACACCUGUGGGCAGGUGGAUCCCAAAUUAAUAACAGUUUUUAAAGCUGUUAGUAUAUGAUCUUUCUAACAAUCUUUUUUGAAUAAAAUAUUU